AUUCAAAAGGAAACGGUACCGAAACCAGAGUAUAUAGUUGUCGUAAAAUUACAUAGUCAAGACCAUUAGAUCCUCAAGCAAGUCUCAAGAUGAAUGUCAAAGCAAUACUGUUCGCCGUUUUAGUUGCUAGCUUCGUCCAGUCCUGCAUUAGUGCGAGAAUCGUGGUUGUGUACGCCGCUUGUUCCAAAAGUCACAUGAUCGCUGUCAUGCCCGCCAUUGAGGAAUUAGCACAGAGGGGUCACCAAGUGACGGUCAUUUCUCCAUUCAAAGGCAUCGCCAAGAAAGUAAAAAACGGUCGCGAAAUAUUCCUGGCAGACAUCGCCAAAGGAAUGGACGAAGCUGAAAUCGACUGGUUCGCCAUGCAAAAAAAGGGAGCCACCCAAUUUUUGACCAUGUUGACGUACAUAAAAGAAAUUUCAUUAAAAGCUUGUGAUAGCAUUUUAAAUCUCCCGGAAUUUCGAGAGAUCGUGGAGAAGCGAGACGCUGAUUUGUUCAUUGUGGACGGAAUGUUUCACGAGUUCCUUUUUCCCAUUUUCGAUCAUGUCGGAGUGCCGUUCGUGACCCACAGUUCCUCUUCCGCUUUCCCCUCGACGUUGGUCGCAAUGGGCGCUCCGAUUGACUACGCUUCCGUUCCGUUACCUAUUUUAGAUGCUGACGAUCGAAUGACAUUUUCUCAGCGACUCAUGAACAUUAUCCCGAACGAGAUCAUGGGCGUGCUCAUAACUCAUUACAUCAAAAAAGAUCUAGAAGCCCUAGUCAAAUCUCAUUUCCCUGGUGUUCGGUCCAUCGCCGAAUUGGAGGGAGAAGCCAGCAUUUGCAUAAUCAACAGUCAUCCGAUGACUAGUUGGCCGCGAUCCUUGCCGCCGACGAUGGUGCCGAUAGGAGCCCUUCACACCAGACCUGCACAGCCUUUACCAGAGGGAUUAAAAGAAUUUGCGGAUGGAGCCACGGAUGGACUCAUAGUUUUCACUUUAGGAUCGUUCGUUCCCGUUUCAUCGAUGCCAAAAGAAACGCUCGACACUUUCAUUCGAGUCUUCUCAAAACUUCGCCAGCGGGUGGUAUGGAAAUGGGAGGCAGAUGCACCUUUAAAUAUGCCAUCAAAUAUCAUGAUGGUUAAUUGGCUCCCGCAGCAGGAUCUUCUCGGGCAUAAUAAUACUCGAGUUUUUAUCAGUCACGGAGGGAUGCUGGGCACUCAGGAAGCGGCCUAUCACGGAGUCCCGAUGUUGGGCUUGCCUUUUGGUAACGACCAAAGAGGAAAUAUUGCCAAAGUGAAACGUGGAGGUUGGGGAGUACAACUCGGUUGGGACAAAAUCGACGACCAGAGCUUAACUGAUGCCUUUACGUAUCUCAUUAACGAUCCCAAUGUCCGGGCGAACGCCUCUCGAGUAUCGACCCUGAUGCGCGAUCAAUUAAUGCCGGGAGUAGAUGUUGCCGUGUACUGGAUCGAGUACGUGAUCCGUCACGGAGGCACUAAACAUCUACAGCUGUCCUCCAAAAACAUGCCAUUCUAUCAACGACAUCUCAUUGAUGUCUGCUUAUUCGUAACAUCUGUUCUGUCAAUAAUUCUCUACCUGAUUUUUAUUAUUGGUCGUGCACUAUUCCGUUCCUGUAUAUCGAGUAAAAACGUGAAAACGAAAAAGAAUUGAAAUAGAGUAUUUUAAAGUUGAAGCAAACUUUGAUGCCUGUGUGUCAAAAUAAUAAAACAAAAUCAAAAUUA